AGAAGAGCAUACAGACAGUAAGGGAAGGCAACGACCAGAGGUGGGGGACGGAGUAGACAGAAGAGGAAAAAGGGAGAAGAAAAAGAAGCACGUCAACUACGGGGUUAUGUUAAAAGGCCAAGUGUAGACCGUUUGGCAGCAGCUCAGAGCUGGCAGACUGCUGUGUGGCAACCCGGAGUCAGGGCUCUGGGCAUGACAGCUUAGUAUUAAUGACUAAGAACACUGUGUGAUUCAAGGCUUUUAUCCAGCAAAUAGUGGAGGAUAAAGGUCACAAUAACAGUUACCAGCUAGCAUAUUACUUUCCACUGGACUGCCUCAUCAACAGAUGAGAAGCAAGAGGUCAUUUUUGUCUGCUUUCCCAGCCUUGAAAUGAAUAAGAAGUUGGGAGCUUCAUGGCUGAAAGGAGGCCAGAGGACAGACAAGAGUCAGCCAAGAUGGAGGAACACAAAGUUCUGCAACAUCAGAUGGAGAACAGCUGCACUGGUAUUGAGAAAACACACAACGCACACACAAACAAAUACUGUAACUUGUGCUUCAUGGAGUCAGAGACCGCUCCAAAUAAUAACUAAUAGUCACCUACUUGUUACUGCAGCUGCUGCAAUGGAACAGUGCAGUUCUAAUGAUUAAAGCAGCCUUUUCUUAGGACUGGACAUGAUCUCAUCCCAUCAGAUGUUGGGCCAAAGCAACACUGAGGUUUACCACCAGGUGGGACAGUUCACACUACACCUCAAUAUCUCCAGUGCGACACCACAGACGUGAAUCAUCGCGUGUCCAGCGCACGCUACGAGACUCUGAGAGAAGCAAAGCGACUGAAAAUCAAGCGGAGCAUUGCAACACGCACGGCAACUCUCCCCCGCUUCUCGCACUCAUAAAUCAACACCCUAACAAUCGAUAGAGAGCGGCGUGAAAUCCAUUCACCCCCAUUUCCUCUUUCUUUAGCGGUGUUAAUGAAUUUUAAAUCACAAACUGCCACCACUGUCUGCUCAAAUCACAUUACUGUUGAUCUAGGGCUACCAAAGAUUCUGUACAUUUUCACGCGCCGCUUGUGCCAAAACAGGUAAGCUGAAUAUACAGGUCUUGAGCUCACGUGGUUACACUGACAGUGAUUUUAUGGCCGUUUAUCUACAGUAGGUAUGAUAGUAGUGUAGUGUUUGCCAUCAGGCCGGGAGUCAAUAAUUACCCCGAUUCUGAAGGCAAACACUGUCUCACUGUGUCGCUCUUUGUUUAUUUUUUGUAUCAGCACGGGUUUUUGUGCAGGCUGUGCUGCAAAUGCACGUCAAGACAAUGCAGAGGCCUUUCCACAAAAUGGGAAGAAACUAAAUAGAGCAUGGGAAAAAAAAAUUAUGUUGAUAUGUUGGGCCUCAUUAGGCCCUCCCACAGAGAGUUGGACAGCCAAUCCAUGUCCUGCUCUAUCAUAAUCAGUCCAGAGUUCACCUACCGCUUACUUGGUUUCAUCCUGUCUUCCUGUCAAACUAUCUACCUCUCCUUUCCACUGUUGCAUUUUUCUCUGGAAGUCCCUUUCCUGGAUAUAUGAGGAAUACUGAUUGUGGAAGGCGAAUGCCAUGUGGAGUAGCUGCCUGCUCUGAACUCACACAAUCUACAGCAUUCACCUCUCAACACCCGCUUCCCCUUAACAGGAGUUCAACCAGAAGAAUGACUAACCCAGCAGCUCAGAAAUCAGGUGUGUCUUGACUUCAGUGGAGGGGCCUGAUCUGACUUUGUUCCCCUCUACAAUACCAAGCCAAUAAGAGGUGGAACAGAUCGAGAGGAAGCAGCUUUAACUAUACACUUAGUCAGUUUUUAUACAGCCAGCACAGUCACAUGAAUGGAUGUCAUAUGUGUUUAUGUAUUUAACAUGAUUCAGUCUGAGGUGAUUCAUGUUAAACUUUGAACUGUAAAUCUGUGUGUUGUCAUUUCUGAGAACGCUGCUACUGUAAUGUCCUUAAUCAUUCCUACAUUUAUGAUCAGAAGUUUUAUGACCGGAUUGAACAAACUGUGAAGACACAAUGUUGCUGUUGAAUUCUACAAGCUCAGAGGAUCUGCUGGGCAACAGUAGCAGUGACCCUGGAGUGGACAAUGUGGAACACGUUCUAGUCCCAAUACUAGAUUCACUAAUUCUGGCGCUGGGAGUUAGCGGACACACCAUAGUGAUAGUAAUCUUAUGUAAGCGAUGGAGGAGAGGGGUGGGACGUAUUGGACAGUCUCCCCAAAACUCUGUGAUGGGUAUGGGGACAGACAUCCUGCUUCUGGCCCUGAGCGUUUCAGACCUGCUUUUGCUCUCCAUGCUUCCCUUCCACACGGCUGCUAUAGCCAUGCAGCACUGGCCGUUUGGUGACUUCAUGUGUCGUCUGGUGGGCUUCCUGGGAUCAGCCUGCUCCUCAACCAGCAUCUUUACUCUGGCCACACUGGCUGUGUGUCGCUAUCUGACUGUGGUGAAGCCUGCCAGAGCAUAUUCCCUUCUCUCUGCUCGCCGAGUCUCUGUAGCUGCCAUACUGGUCUGGGUCCCAGCCUGCUGCCUUGCUGUUCCACAGCUAGUCUUUCGCUCUGUAGGAACCCCACAAAAAGCCCUUGACGGGCUUGCAUGCUUUGCUUUCCAGACCCACCGUGACCAGUUGAUCUAUGGACUGUCUCAUUUCUUUGUGGCCUUCUUUCUACCGCUAGUUACCAUAGCAGUGGCAUAUGGCAGCAUCUACAUGUUCCUAUGGAGGAGUCGGCACGCUGGAAGAGCCCCCCAGGUGGAGCGUUACCAAAGCAAAGUGACCCAAACGUCGGCUAUGCUGGUGCUGGCUUUCACCCUGUGCUGGCUGCCGUCCUAUGGCAUGACGCUGGCCUUACUGGCGGAUAAAGGCACAGGAGCCACUGGAGCCUCACCACGUUAUGGCCCCUUUGCUGUGUUUGCACGCUUUAUGGCAACCUCCUCUACAGUGAUGAACCCUAUUCUCUAUGUGCUGAUGUCUGAAAAGUUCAGGCAGGACCUACUGAGGCUGUUCAAGAGGGAAGGACAAAGAGACAGCGGGGAUGUGGCUAUGGCUGCUGCCUGACAGUAUUGCUACGAGUAACUAACUUGAAAUAACGCUAUUAUUUCAUUCGUGCACAGCGAGGAACUGCUGGCAACUGGGAUCAACAAAAAAAUACAAGCUAAAAAACUUGAUCAAAGACUAAAGAUAAACUGGACGUCAGCGUUGCCUUCAUGAACAAAGUCAACUCAAGAGCUCUCACAGCAACAGUCAGCAUCAUUGCUUUGAACAGCAGUUGCUCUUGAAUUGAGCAGGAACUUUGCUCUGGGAUUUGUUGCUUUACAUGCACAGCGGGAAUAUCACGCAUUCCUUGUAAAAGAGAUUAAAGUAAAACAUUAACGGUGCACCCGUGUUCUGUUGUGCUGAGAUAAGGUGAAUGAAAGUCUGUCUCUCAGCCUGAUUGUAUUGCUUCUCACUCUGUUCUCAAAAAAAUGCUUUUCCUUUGUUUCUACUUUGGCUACAUCUACAGAAUAAAUAUGAGUAUUUUGGGGAAAA